UCCCUCCCUCUCCCUCUGCCCCUCAUGUCACUGCCUGUGGUGUUGCCCACCUCUUGCUGCCCGGUGGCCGGGGCCGGUGUGGGUGGGGGUGUGGGGGAGGCUCCCCCCCUGCGCUGCCGGGCUCGCUGCCCCCCCUGUGCCGGGCGGCAGGCGCUGCCCUGCCCGCUGUAUGGUCGGGCUCUGUUCGCUCUGGGUUUGCUGCAGAUCGCCCUGGGCUUCUCCAUCGUCUCUCUCAGCUUCGGGGCUCUGUCCCUCACCGAGUCCCCCAACGUCAGGAACUCUUGCCCCUUCUGGGCCGGAUCCUCGGUGAUCCUUUCAGGAAUCCUAGGCUUAACAACAUGGAAAAGGCCGAUGUUGCUUUUGGUGAACCUGUUCAUCCUGCUGUCCGUGGUUUGUGUUCUCCUAAACUUGGCUGGAUUUGUCCUGUCAUGCCAGAGUGCUCAAUUUGUCUCCAGUAUAGUGGACUGCCAGCUGGUCAAAGUCGUGGAGGGCAGGGAUUGCUUCUGCUGUGAGGGAAGUCAAGCAACAAGAUGCACUGAUAAGAAAGAAAUCUUGAUCCUGUACCCUGUGCUCUCAGUCUCGUGCGACACUGUCCGGCUCGUGCUGAAGGAUCUUCUCUUUGCUAUCUGUGUCCUUAAUGCUUUGACCACCACGGUGUGUGUGGUGGCUGCUGCCCUGCAGUACCUGCAGAUAUUUGCCGGCAGACGACCCCGGAUGGUUGAAGCCCAGAUUCCCCCAGAAGAAUCUGAAGAGCCAAUCCACCCGCCGGACCCUGAGGAAUUUGUUCCUCCAAUUCCACCUCCUCCGUACUUCUCCACCUUCUGCUCCUACACGCCCCGGAUCAAUCCACGGAUUCUCAGCAAUGACGUGAUUCCACUGACCCAUAUCUAUGGAACCAGGAUGAAAGGGAUUGAGGUGUUUUGUCCGGUUGAUCCUCCUCCUCCGUACGAAGCGGUUGUGAGCAACCGAAACAAUGAUCAGGUUUCAAAUCUACUGGUCAGUGAGGUGAUGGACGGACCUUCAGAAAGAAUUAGGCCUCACGUGACGACUGAAGACAAUGCCUCUCCAAGCUGCUCUCUCACUGACUCUCUGCAGCUGUGCAUCGUGCACCCUCCCCGAAGCAGGAACUCCGAAACAGCAUGCAAGAAAUCAAGCAAUUCAAACCUAAAGCGAUCCAACAGUGACCCACUACUCCAGGACCUAGUUACAGAAGAUGCUGUGGUGAGCUGCGAAGCUGCAACACAAACUGAGGAGAGGCCAGAGCUGAAGGGUGUGACCUUGCGGAAGGGGCGCAGGUCACGGGCAGCGAGAGUGAGACCCAGGUCAUUGGUAGAUUACAACAGCUACAGAGACACCAAGUUACUCGUUGCAAGAUUUCUGGAACAGUCUUCGUGUAGCAUGACUCCUGAGGUUCAGGAGCUGGUGGAGAACAUUAAAUCAGUCCUGCAAUCAGAUGAAGAGCACAUGGAUGAGGCUGUGGCAAGUGCCAACAUCAUUGAUAAAGUCAUCACUGGUUCUGAGCAAAACAUACCAGGGCUGGAGACCCCUCAGUCAAGACGACGUGCUCAGCUGCUUCAUUUGCACAGCUGUGGGGACCUCAGCACCUUCACCACUGCCGAAUCACAGACAGAAGAAAGGAGCGAGCACAAACCCGACCAGGAAAGGCCCCACAGUCUGGCUGGGGGAGCCCAGGAGACCAUUCUCUGAAAAGAGAGUGAAGUUAAAUUUGUAACCUAAACCAAGGCUGCUUUAGAAAAAAAGCCAAGCCUCGAAGAGAAUAUGUCUAGGGUCACAGUGCAAUAUGGGGAAGGGGGGAUCUGUUCAAUGUGAGGCUACCUAGCAUACUGGAGAACGAUGUGUGUAAAUAUAACUUAUCAAAAGCAGCGAAAACGGCUUAUGAUACUCUUACCUCGACCGACAAUAAUGAACGUUGCCAUUUACAGUUGUGAAAUUCACUGGGUCUUAAUGCAUUGAGACUCGUAUGCUCAUGUCUGUGUCAGGCCAACAGACUAAUUAAUAGCUGCUCAGAGAGCCAGAUUUUCUAAGGACACCUUCAUAUCAUCGGCCACAUCAGUAACAAAACAGUGAGCACAUCAUCUCAAAGGGUAAAGCUAUUUAUUUUGUUAGAAGCAGAAAGGUUUGGCUGUUGCCAAAUCUGGCCAAGACAGUAUGUGAGAAAAUGUCACGUUUGAUCGCAGACAUUUCGGUUAACCCUUUGAGCACUGACUACACACCCUUUGCACUUCUAGAUGUGUGUCAUGUCAAAAGAUUUAGAGAAUUAUUUUAUGUUUCUAAUUUUGUAUGUUAACCACAAGAGCUGGUCACAAACGCACAGCUCUCUGAGAUACUACAAUAAGGUCUCAUACCUUCUGAGUUUGAUUAUUGCGAUGCCUAAAAUUAGGUUAAAAUGUCAGGGUUUGCUCCCUGUCAAAUAUUGGCUCUGAUGGUUAAUAAAGUGAGGGUAUUUUUUUUGUCACUUCAUUUGAGCAAAAGGUCUUUGUGACACGAGAGAAUCAAACACUUUCUUACUGUGGGAACCCAGUUGCAUCACUUGAGGGCUCCCGAGCCAAAUAGUGCAGAGGGGAAAGCUCUGUACACUCUCUCUCUGAACAAUGUCCAGCAGCUGUAGUGUGCUGUGAUUUCUUUUUCCGUUUCACACCCUCGCUUUUCUUAGAAAGCUCUCUGAGUUGAGAAUGCUAAAUCGAGAGAGGGCCAUAGUUGUACUGUGCUGUGGACUUAAUGAAGGCAGGAAUUGUGCUCUGAUGAUAUAAACUGAUGUCAUGCAGGAGCCUUGCAAUAACAACAACUUGCAUUUAUAUAGCGCCCUUCAUGCCAGACAGCUUAUCGGGGCGUUUAAAACACAGCGGAGAGAGUGAGAGAACUUUGUGCUUUUCUGGACUGGGCUCUGUCCACAGCUACCAGAUUUGAAAAAGUGUGUGUUAAUCUUUGCACCACUCCUUGCACCUUUGUCCCUUACAGUAAACCACUUAGGGGUCAGCUGUGUGUCUGACUCAAGCAGAAACCCAUCACCAUUCUUAAGCGUAUCCAAAACUGAUUGCGAGUUCCAUACAUCCCAUCUAAACAUUGAUAAUUACUGUGUCUGGAAUGGAAUACAGGCCAUCUCCCUGGAAGGAUGGAUCCUAUCUCUGCAUUCCGGACAGUACUCGAUUCAGCAAGAGUAAAGACUUGGAGAACCCAGAGUGUGAGUUAAGGUACUGGUGGAGUCUAACCAACUAAAACCAUGUAGCUUGCAAUUGACAGCACUGUGGCAAGCUUUCCAGUUGCUUGUCCAACUUGGACCAUCGUGCCCAUUGGGGCUUUGGCUUGUAGGGUUAACAGGAGCUGAGUGCCCCCAGUGACUGAUCUGUCCCUCCCAAGUCCUACCAAUGACCCAGCUGGUCUACCAUCAGCAGUGCCCUGGAGUACUGCAGACUGCCUGGCUCAGGAACUGGACUACCGAGACUGCCAUAGAGGACAAUCUUAAUUAUCAUCUUAAUUGUGGGUCUUUAGUAUUCAAAAGGUUAACAACCGCAAGAAGCUAUCCCAAGUGUCUAACAUGAAUGCAUGAUACGGCUUGAAUCCUCUUCAGAGAGUUUAGUCACGACAUAUGCACCUCAUUCUGAAAUAGGGUGAACAGUGCUUAGUCAGGUAGUUCAGUAACUUGCCGCCCGCAUUCUCACCCAAACCAAACUCUGUACCCCGUUUACCCCAGUCCUUGCCAAACUCCACUGGCUCCUUGUCACAGAGCGGAUCAACUUCAAGAUCCUCACUCUGGUGUUUAAAUCCCUUCAUGCCUUGGCACCCCCCCAUCUGUCCAACCUCCUCUCUCCUCGCAGCACUACCUGCUGCCUCUGCUUUACCGGCUCCGGCUUCCUCCUUGUCUCUCGAAUCUUCUACUCCACUAUUGGCGACUGUGCCUUUAGCCACUACUGCCUGAAGCUAUGGAACUUCCUCCCACAAUC